CGUAUCUAUAAAGACGGCGUGUCCGGUCGCUCACAGCCAAACAUCAGACGGGCUUUGCUGACCUGUCUGUGAGUGGUUUCCUGGUUGGCCCCUGCUCACUCCACCGGGUCGGUCGCUCCGCAGCACCAGCACCAGCACCAGCACCGACACGAACAAGUCCGCAAUGGGCUCGUCCUGGGCUUUGGUCUGCUCCGCCGCAUUAGCCUUGGUUUUACUGGGCUCAGCAUCCAGUGAGAUACAACCACCAGAGGAUCUCAUGAUGCAGAGAGAGGUGGACAUGACCGAUAUCAUCAAGGAUCUAUUAAUGCAGGCACCAGAAGACACCCUGACUGAGAGAGAGAGCUCCAAACCAGACGUCUUGACACCAAGAGGACGUAAACCAGGUUUUUACCCCCAUUCCUUUGGUGGCCCUUCUGAGGCCUAUCCUGUUCAGUUUCCCCUUGGCCGGCCGACCUCCGACAAUCUCCAAGCCAUCUGUUUCUACAGAGACCGUCGUCCUCGAUACCCAGAUUCUUACUUUCCUGGCACUGGUUUUAGUGGUCAGAUGCGAAAGGGCAGUGCUGUCAAUAAUGCAGAGUUGUGGUUUGGCACAUGCUGCAAAGGGAACCAGACAUGGGAGAGAGAAGUGAUGCUGUGUUGCGCCACACGUGCGUGGGAGCUCUCAAUCAAAUCCUUCUGUGAUGAGGAAUUUUCCAUAAAGACUAGACAUUAUCACUGCUGCAAACAAAAUGGCAGAGACCGGCUAAACUGCUUCCACAACAAUGCUCCAAACCCAAACUACGAGCCAACAGAGGAGAUCCCAGUGACACCUCUUAGCUAUACUACUGAAUUCAACUUUGACCCCAACACUUGUCCAAGGACUGUAAUGACUUCAUCUAUUGUCAGUGGACAAAAAAAUGAGAGGAAACCAUCUACUUCCCAGAACACUUUCAACUUUCCUCCUGGACGACCCACCACAGAUACCAUUGAACCACUGUGCCACAAUCAGAAGUUACGCCCCCUUUAUAAUGUCAAGUGCCUUCCAAGCUCAGGCUAUGAAUUGCUGGCUCGUCAGGCAAAGACUAUUAAUCGUUUGGAAAAGGGAUUCAGACAGUGCUGCAAAAAGCCGGAUGUGCUCAGCUGUGCUGAUCAGAAGUGGCGUGCGGAGCUUGACAGGUUUUGCUUGGAUAAGAAGAGCAGACAAGUGGAUUUCCACUGUUGUUCACUUGAUGAGGCAAAUGCUCGAUACAGCUGUUUCCAACACAUUUCCCCUGACCCACAUUACAAUAUGACUUCUGCUACUGAAGAGCCCUCAGUUCACCAAAUCUGUGACACUCACAGGAUCAUCCAGAAAAAGUACCCUGUUGGUUUUCCUCUGAAAAGCCUGGUAAACCAAUGCUGCCCCCUGUCUAAAGAAGACAUGUCCAUCUGUUUGUUGCAAGAGCUUGACAGCAUGUGUUCAUCAAAGAGGACUUCUCUUUCAUUUGUCCGCCGCUGUUGCCAUGGAGUACAACCGACUUUUCAGUGUGCCUCCAGAAUUCUCAUGGAUGCCAUCACCAAAGCAACCAAAGUUUUAAACCAGAAGAAAAUGUGCCCAGUCUCCUAAACCCUUAUGGCCACUGGGCCAUUCAGGGAGAUGGCAAGCUAGUAACAGAGGGGCCUCCAGUCAAUGAACAGGAGCAAUUAGUGAAAAUUAGAGAUCUGUAAGCUGAAAAAAUAUUCCAAAUGUAGACCAAAUACUUGCGUCAUCGACUGUCAUAAGAUUACAUAAGCAGUGGAAUCAUGAGUACAUCUACAAAUGAACAGGUAUACAUGUUAGACUUUUUUUUUUUUUUAAGAACAGACUUGCCUUUGUUAUUGUUCUGCCAUUUUAUAUAUUGUGCUUUUUACAUUUGAUUAUGCUUGCAGUUUUUUGAUUCUUUUGACAUUGCAAGAUUGGUUCUCUUCUUUUGUAUGAUUUUAUGGUUAAGAUCCUAUUGACAACAGUAAUAAAAUCUAAAUAAGCUGUUAGAAACGUAAA